UGUGCUUUAGUCGACGUGAACGAUUGCUCCACCCGCACAUUGACGUCUAAAACGAGAGAACCUUCUUAUGUCACGUAUUGCAAACGGAUGCUACUGUAGCAGUUAGAUUGUAAACCAAAGGACAACCAAACCCACAUGGCAUUUGAGACCAUUAAUUAUCAACUUUAUUAUUUGUUUUAAUGUUAUGGACUAUUGAGUGUGUUAAUCGGUCGAGUUAGACAUGUUUAAGAAAAGCCAAAAUGUAAAAUAUUUCCUGAGUCUUGUCCCAGGCAAACGUCGCUUUGGGAUGUACAGAUUCUUGCCGUUCUUUUUUUGUGUUGGAGGUGGGAUGGAAUGGAUCAUGAUUAACGUCAGGAUUGGGAAGGAAACCUUCUAUGACGUUUACAGAAGAAAACAAUCAGAGAGACAAUAUGAGGCAAAGAUCAAGCACGAUUGAUAGUUCUUGCCGAAUCAUGAGCCAAGUGAUUUAUCGUUGGCAAACGAGACCCCACAGUCCUUAAAAGCGUCUCGAUGCAAGUAACUGGAUUGCUUAGACUGACUUUGAGAAAUCAUUGUGAGACUGAGAGAAGUGUGGUACGGAAUCCAAAUCCCAAAGGUUAAUGUCUUGUUGAUCAAUUACUCAACUGUGUUGAUCCUAAAUUGUGACGCCACACCCAGUGUGAAAACACUGCUUCAGAGUUUGUCAUUUGUCUACAGGCUGAAUGUAACUGAGAAUGCAUUAUAGCGAGCCAUUGACAGUAGAUUUUUGGAGCUGUGGUUU